AUGCCGAGAACGGCGAACACGGCAAGUGCUUCGAGGAAAGGCGGUGGUGUCGUCGUCCGGGUGUCAGCAACCGUCAAGGCCGGGAGCCUCUUUCUUUUGUUGCUGCUUGCUGGGUGGACAUUUCCUGCCACAGCUGCGAUCCAACCGUACACGUUGGAGGUCAGAACGCGCAACGCGACCAACGCCGGAUCGCUCGACGAGGUCCACCUGUCCUUCUGCGAUGGGGGUGGAGACGACUGCGUCAUGGGGCCGGAGAACGUGUACAACUCCAUGGCGGAGCUGGCAGAGAUCGGGACACGGGCCACCUUUGAGAUACCGCUCGCAUACGAACCUACGGCCAUGUCAAUCAGCAUAGUCGGGAUUGACGCGUGGUGCUUCGACGAGGCCAUUUGGAACGGCGGGACAAACCUUCUCGGUAGCGGGGCCAGGGUCUACCUCGAUGGAGACUUGGGAGAGAAAGGCUGCAAUUACGGUGUACACUUUGACACUGGCUGGUUCUACCCCUGCCAAAGCAGGUGGCGGUUCUUCAACCUGCCAGGGUCAGACGACUACGAGUACGAGAUCAAGGUAAAACCGUGCGAUAGCGCAACGCCUAGCGGGUCAGCAUCGCUGUCGCAGCAGGAGGAGGAGGCGGCGGCGGUGAGGGAGUCAUCGGCAUCAACCAAAAUCCUGGCCUCGCUCUGCUCGGAGUCCGAGUGCGACGAAACCGCUGGAGAAGUCGUAAAUGUCACCCUGGCGGCGGAACCGGCACAAGGCGGCGGCGGCGGCGGAGGAACAUCCGGAGCGGGCGGCGGUGGUGACUGGGCUACCACGCGGACUCCAGCGACGUUCAACCCCGUGGCGAUGAGGCUCACCAACGUGGGAGAUUUGCCGUGGUGUGCCGAGGAAGUAGCGUUCAACGAAUACACGCUGGUCAACCGCUAUGCCUCCCCUCACGGGAUGAAGCUCGACGUCGGCGACGAUCGACUCUUCUUCAACGUCCAGUCUCUAGGGCUUUUGGCAGGGGAUUCUAGCGAUGAUCCUGGCGGGAGCGACGAUGAUUAUAUCAAAGGCGAGGCAUGGGAACUUGCUCGCGAGGUCAUCACGGCGGUCCUCGUCUUCACGGCGACGGUAGCCGUCACGUCGGUCGUACGGAGGUGUACCCACCGUCCGUCCCCGAACGAAGCGAUUCAAGGCGGAAACGACGAUGAUGGCGAUGAAAAUAGUGACGACGAUGACUUCUGCGUCGAGGAUGGCGCCGCUAUUGCGGCGCCUUUGGUUCGCACGGCGUGCAGCACGGCACAGACUGGUGGCGGCGAUGAUGAAGAAAGGCGCACCGCCAGGAGGCAUCGAGCCGAGAACAGAUGGGAAGGUCUCCUCCCCUCGUUGCGUGAUGAGCCAGGAGCCGUUCGGGGCGAUGGCCUCGAGAGCAACAGCAGCGGUCGUCUAGAAGAUAGUACGGCGGUGGGCGUGUCAACCGAGACGGAUCGGAACCAGUGCGGCGGCCAUGACGAGUGGGCGCCACUUUGCUACCAACAGCGCCAACCACGAAGAGCACUUCUGCCGGACCGCGCGAGGAUAAAUCGGAACGAUAGGACGAGGGUGCUCGCUCCACCGAGGGCAGAGUCGGCAGAAACGAUCGUGGAUGUGGACGAGUACCGCUUCUAUCCAAAGAAACCGACACCUGUCUGA